AUGGAUGCUAAUUUUGCUAUUAAAAUUCCUGAAGGUAUGAAUCCAUCCACAUCAACACCACUCUAUUGUGCCAGUAUUACUGUUUACAAAGCUCUGAAAGUUUCUCAAGCACGAGCUGUUUAUGAUGAUCCUGGUGAUAAACAUAGUGAAUGGGUCCAAACAACAAGAAUGGAUGGUGUUCAAGUAGCAAUUGUCACUGUUCCUUUAAUUGAAGACUAUGAUCAAGCAUUUAAAUUAGUUAAACGUGGUGGUCGUGUCGUUCCUAUAGCUUUACCUAGUGAUAAAAUGUCCAUACCAAUUGUUGGUUAUAUUUUGAAUGGAAUUGCAUUAGUUAAAAGUCUUGUUGGUACACGACAAGAUUUACAAUUAGCGAAACUUCAUCAGAUCGCAUGUAAAGUUCAAAAACAGAAGUUAAAAGAUAUCAAUUAUAAAAUUAGUGGUAGAGUUGUUUUGAACUUUUCAGCUAAAUAA